UGGGGAAGCGGCGGGCGGAGUGGCGCAGCCGGCGGGUCCCCGGAGCCUCCGCCUCGAUGGGGUGUUGAAAAAUCUCUAGAGCUUGGGAAAGCUGACUGGACUAAACAUGAAGAGCUUGAAAGCCAAGUUCAGGAAGAGCGACACCAACGAGUGGAACAAGAAUGAUGACCGGCUGCUACAGGCUGUGGAGAAUGGAGAUCCUGAGAAGGUGGCCUCCCUGCUGGGCAAGAAGGGGGCCAGUGCCACCAAGCACGACAGCGAGGGCAAGACCGCCUUUCAUCUUGCCGCUACGAAAGGGCACGUGGAAUGCCUCAGGGUCAUGGUGACACAUGGCGUGGACGUGACUGCCCAAGAUGCUGCCGGACAUAGUGCUUUGCACCUCGCAGCCAAGAACAGCCACCAUGAAUGCAUCCGGAAGCUCCUUCAGUCUAAAUGCCCAGCCGAGAGCGUUGACAGUUCUGGGAAAACAGCUUUACAUUAUGCAGCGGCACAAGGCUGCCUUCAAGCCGUGCAGGCUCUUUGCGAACACAAAAGCCCCAUAAACCUCAAGGAUUUGGACGGGAAUAUACCACUGCUGCUUGCAGUACAAAAUGGCCACAGUGAGGUCUGUCGCUUUCUCCUGGACCACGGAGCAGAUAUAAAUUCCAGGGACAAAAACGGAAGAACUGCUCUCAUGCUGGCCUGUGAGAUCAGCAGCUCUAAUAUCGUGGAAGCCUUAAUUAAAAAGGGUGCAGACCUAAACCUUGUAGAUUCUCUUGGACACAAUGCCUUACAUUAUUCCAAACUCUCAGAAAAUGCAGGAAUUCAAAGCCUUCUCUUAUCAAAAAUCUCUCAGGAUUCUGAUUCAAAGACACCAACAAAACCAAAGCAGCAUGAUCAAGUCUCUAAAAUAAGCUCAGAAAGAAGUGGAACUCCAAAAAAACGCAAAGCUCCACCACCUCCUAUCAGUCCUACCCAGUUGAGUGAUGUGUCUUCCCCAAGAUCAAUAACUUCAACACCACUUUCGGGAAAGGAAUCUGUGUUUUUUGCUGAACCACCAUUCAAGCAGGCUGAGAUCAGUUCUAUACGGGGGAACAAAGACAGACUAAGUGACAGCACUACAGGUGCUGAUAGCUUAUUGGAUGUAAGUUCUGAAGCUGACCAACAAGAUCUUCUUGCCCUGUUGCAAGCAAAAGUCGCUUCUCUUACCUUGCACAAUAAGGAAUUACAGGAUAAAUUACAGGCCAAAUCACCCAAGGAGGCAGAAGCAGAUGUGAGCUUUGACUCCUACCAUUCCACUCAGACAGACUUGGCCCCACCCCUAGGCAAACCCAGAGACACCUCUCCCUCAGACUCCAAAUCAUUUCCCCCUGCCUUACCACAGUCUGCGAGUAGAUCCACUCUCGACGGCGAUGGCCGAAUUCAGCAACUACAAGAGAUCCUGCAGGACCUGCAGAAGAGGCUGGAGAGCUCCGAAGCAGAGAAGCAGCAGCUCCAGGCCGAGCUCCGGUCCAGAAGGGCUGAAUUGGUGUGCGUCAACAGUGCGGAGAUUUCCGAGAACGGCUCUGACCUCAGCCAGAAACUGAAAGAAACCCAGAGCAAAUACGAGGAGGCCAUGAAAGAAGUCCUCAAUGUGCAGAAGCAGAUGAAACUGGGCCUCGUCUCGCCCGAAAGUGUGGACAGUUAUUCGCAUCUCCGGGAACUGAGGAUCACUGAGGAGGAAAUAGAUGUGCUGAAGCAGGACCUCCAGAACGCGGUGGAAGAAAGUGAAAGAAAUAAGGAGAAGGUGAGAGAGUUAGAAGAAAAACUUGUAGAGAGGGAGAAAGAUAUGGUCAUUAAGCCUCCUAUAGAAGAGUACGAGGAAAUGAAAAGCUCAUACUGCUCUGUUAUUGAGAACAUGAAUAAGGAGAAAGCAUUUUUGUUUGAGAAGUACCAAGAGGCCCAAGAAGAAAUCAUGAAAUUAAAAGAUACCCUGAAGAGUCAGGUCACCCAAGACGCUGGCGACGAAGCCGGGGACAUGAAAGAGGCCAUGAACAGGAUGAUAGAUGAACUCAACAAACAGGUGAGCGAGCUGUCCCAGCUGUACAAAGAAGCCCAGGCCGAGCUGGAGGAUUACAGGAAGAGGAAGUCUCUAGAAGACGUGACAGCCGACUAUAUCCAUAAAGCAGAGCAUGAGAAACUGCUGCACGUGACGAACGUAUCCAGAGCUAAGGCGGAAGAGGCGCUGUCCGAAAUGAAGUCUCAGUACUCGAAGGUGUUACAUGAGUUGACCCAGCUCAAACAGCUCGUGGACGCCCAGAAAGAGAACUCUGUCUCCAUCACGGAACAUUUGCAAGUGAUAACCACCCUGCGGGAGACCACCAAAGAGAUGGAGGAAAAAAUCAGCAGUCUCAAAGAGCACCUUGCCAGCAAGGAAGGAGAGGUGGCAAGGCUGGAGAAGCAGCUCCUGGAAGAGAAGGCCGCCAUGACCGACGCCAUGGUGCCCAGGUCCGCCUACGCAAAGCUCCAGUCAUCGUUAGAAGGUGAGGUGAGUGUGUUGGCCUCAAAAUUGAAGGAUUCGGUAAAAGAGAAAGAGAAGGCCCAUUUGGAGCUCACCCAGACGAGAAGCGAGGUGUCACAAACGAAAAGGGAAAAGGAGAAUAUUCAGGCUCUCUUAAAGGCCAAAGAGCAGGAAGCAGACGAACUCCGGCAACAGCUCCAGGACGCUCAGGAAGAGCUGGCAGAAAGGAAGAGACAGUCGGAGAGCUCUUCCAGACUGGAGGAGGAUAAAGACAAGAAGAUCAGUGAGAUGUCGAAGGAAGUCACCAAGUUGAAGGAGGCCCUGAACAGCCUCUCGCAGCUCUCCUACUCCGCGAGCUCGUCCAAGAGGCAGAGUCAGCAGCUCGAGGCGCUGCAGCAGCAGGUCAAACAGCUCCAGAACCAGCUGGCUGAAUGCAAGAAACAACACCAGGAGGUCGUAUCUGUUUACAGAAUGCAUCUUCUGUAUGCCGUGCAGGGCCAGAUGGAUGAAGAUGUCCAGAAAGUACUGAAGCAAAUCCUUACCAUGUGUAAAAACCAGUCCCAGAAGAAGUAAAAUGGAUUCCUUGGCAGGGCACUGCCCCCUUGUUGUCCAUCUUUGUGUUAGAUCUGGAGUUGUUGACAACCACUGCCAUUGUGCUCACUCGUGGUCCGCACCGCGGCCUCGCAGAGCUUUUUCCCUUUCCAAAGGCAGCUUUCUGAAGACUUUCUGAGGCCCCGGAGAAGACUGUCCUCCUCAGAACCGCUCAGAGACUUCAGAGCAGCACAGGUGACACACCGUGUUAGCCCUUCAGAUUCCAGAGCUGGGGUCAGCCACACCCAGGGGGUCUGGUCCUGGUGCUGGCCAGUGGGCGCCCCCCUCGGUGGCUGACCAGCUGACGGCCUUUGUUGCCUUUGUUCCCGCAUUCAGGCCGAGGCGUUCAGCACCGGCGGGGGCUCUUCUUGCCUUUGGUUUCCAAUCCUAAAACACGAUUCAACUUCCGACCCAAUUAGUCUGGCUCUAGUUCUGUGGCAUGCACGCUGAAGAGCCUUUAUCAUGAUAUCCUGUGGAUUUUAAAUCUCAUUCUGUCAUUCCCCCCCCAUCUGCCUUAGAAAGCUCAUCGCGCUGCCCGCUGCUCCUCGGUCCCAGGUCCCACGGUGUGGUGAGCCCUGUUCACUCAAAUCCGAAGCUGAAGAACAAAAGCCGAUUGUCCUGAGAAGUUCUUUUUAGCAAAUUGUUGACAUAUUGCAGAUUUUCUAUGCAAACUGGCCUCCUGCUGUUAUCCGUGAAGCUCAGGAAUCCAGACAUUGGUGUUUCAACAAGGGACAGUAAACUGCGUGUUUACAGACAAAGGAAAUGCCUCAUGGUUCUUAACCUCAAUUUUUUAAAAGUGUUGUUUUUUUCUUUACAAUAUUUUUAUUGGCUCUUAAAGAUGUUUUCAUAGCUAAACCCCCAAAUAAGCAAAAUCUGUUAGACUCUAUUAACAAAGUAUUUUUAGGUAACCAUGCUUGCAACUUUUUUUAAAGCCUCUUUCUUCAGAGUUUUCCGCUAUAGCCAGGGGUGGUUAUGUAUUUAUUCCUAUUCCAAACUCUACGUGAGCUGCCACCGGUAUCCCUAGACUUUCUGCCAUUGUGUCCUUAGAACUGUAGCACAUUUCUGAAUACGGUAAACCCUCCCUUUUACCCCGUAUCUUUGAAUGCCCCAGCAUUACCAGCGCCCAUAAACGAUCUCGGGAGGGACCGUUAGUACCGAUCUCUUUUCCAGUGUUGAAACUGAGAAUCCCCAUACGGUACACAUGAUGGUGCAGAGCAAAUGUUGUGUGUGUGUGGGGGGGGGGGGGUUAUUUCUGUUCACUUUACUUUCAGGUUAAAAGUGUUUGAACUUGCCUGCAGCUCCUUAUGGCAUUUUUGUUAAGGAGGGAUGUCGGCCAAGCACAGACCGCUCCGAAGUGUGUAACUGAAGGGGCAGAGGCCUGGCCUGACAGUGCUCCACGCACCGUAGGGCCGCCUGGGCGCACAGGGUGCUUGGCUGUUUGGGAGGAUGUGUUCAUCUCUAUUGGACGAGGACCAAGGACAGCAAAGCAGAAAUGGCUUUCAAGCUUGGUGUUACUUUUCUAAAGUUGUUUAUAGUUCAGCCGUUUCGAAAAUGCUCCAAAGAAAUGUGAAAAGGACUUUUUGUCACAGCCCUUAAUACAAGCAGCCCUCCCCACUCCUGCCCCCGUGCAGAAAUGCUGCAGAGUAUAAAACUUGAGACAUUUUGUAGGAUGCCUGACAAAGUGUAGCCUUUCAUCUUGUUUCAGGAUGCAUAUUUAUUAUAAGUACUCCGGUUAAAUACUGAAAAGCUAUAUGCUGUAGUUUAGCAUUUUUGCCUUUGUAAUUUACAGAAGGUAUUGCAGAAAAUAAACUUUGUUUCAUUUUGCA